GAUGAGAAAAAUGCGACGUUGGUCCAUUGGGCAGCGAAAUAUGGGCAGCCCUCCGUAGUCGAGAAACUCGCUAGCAAGGGAAUCAGUUUGAACGACAAGGACGCUGAAGGUCGUACUCCGCUGGACUAUGCCCUCGAUAGCAACGACGAGGACACAAUAAAUCUUCUCCUUAAAGGUGGCAAGCACAUCAGCCGGCAGGAUACCGUUAGCAUUCAGACCCUGCAUUUUAGCGCUCGGACGGGAGACAUCAGCAUGAUUAAGCAGCUCCAUGAGAAAGGAAGUAGUUUGGAAGCUCGCGACGGCAAAGGUCAAACGGUCAUUUUCCAUGCUGUCAAGGGAAAGCAAUAUGCGACUAUGAGAUGGCUUCUAGAGAACAACGCGAAUAUACACGCAGUCGACAAACAAGGAUUUACCGCACUCCAUAUCGCUGCUCAAGAGUGCGAUCUAGUGGCUACCAAGAUUCUGGUAGAGAAAGGAGCAAACGUAAACGCCUUGUCGAGUGAGAGGUUGACGCCGCUGCUCUGCAUCGUUAAUUCUCAGGGCAUUGAUGUCCUCAGGUAUCUGUAUGACAAAGGCGCUGACAUCGACGCGAUGGACAACGAC